AUCCACUCAAGUUCGUCACAAUAAUACUCUUGAACCCUAGUAACUCAAGCUCAAGCUCAUCACGCGACCACCGCCGCGCCGCGCUUUUCGGACUACGUCACGAAGAGGUUUGCGAAUAGCCUCACUCCACUGCGAUUUCGUCCUUCUUCCUCUCACGUCACGUCACAUCUGUCGACAGUCGUCAUGCCGCGCGCCAUCAGAGGAGUCCUCAUCGAGUGCGACCCCUCCAUCAAGUCCAUCAUCGUCAACAUCGACUCCAACAACCACGACUACAUCAUCGAGGACCUCGACGACCAGCACGUCGUUGUCAAGGAGAACAUGGUCGCCGCCCUCAAGAAACAGCUUGACGAGCGGUUGAAGGAGACGCAGCAGCCCGACGAAAGUUCAGACUCUGAUUGAUCGAUGGCGACGCCGAUCCAUCCAUCGUUUUAAACGCACUACUGUGCCUUCCAGUGCCCCCGCUUACCCUAUCUCUACUACGUGCCUUCGUCUCUAUUGCUAGUCGCCAUGUAACAGUGGCUGUGCCGACCGCCGCCUGACAACUCUAUGCAAAGCCACCUUGGCGCCCUGGCACAGUCAUGUUCUAUGAUACAUCCAAAAGGGUUUAGACAUCCUUGGUGCCAUUCUCCUUCGAAGGUCAAGUGACGACGCAGGGUUGGUCGAGUUGGAGACUAUGAGCUACUGGACAAAGGGAGGUUACGUCCGCACAUCUCGCCCAAGAAAUGCUGUCAAGCACGAUGCUGUCCCGUUGAGGCCCUCAUAAAACAUGUUCAUCAGAGCUUCUCAAAUGUGGGCUUCUUCUUGGACAAACCAGACAUCAGGGCGGUCUGGAGAUCGCUCGACUGCAGCAUGGCCGAGUUCCAAACAGUCGUGUAGCGCAAGUCUUAGCAAGCAUAUUAGCACGGUCUC